UAUUAAACAAUGAGUCUUUUGAUAAGAUUCAUAAACAAUUUUCUUUAUGUUCUAAUAUUUAUUCAAAUUUAAUUUAUAUUUCUUUUUUCAAAUGACCUCAGUUCAAUUCAAAUAGUCAUUAGUCCAGAAAUCUUACUCAUACGUACUGUUGACCGCAAGAUUCAAUUAGUAUGAUUAGGUACAACAGAUCAGGCGUCAUAUGAUCAUGGUUGCAUAAGAGGAAAUAAUUUUUGAAUUUCUAUGUGAAGACAGACGAACUCUUUGCCAGUAUUUUCAUAUGAAGAAAUCCAAUAUGAUUUUUUUAUAUUAACCUCUUUGUAUAUCUGUUGUGUCUGUUAUUUAUUUGAUUAAAUUAGUAAAUUAAAUGAAGACAUUAAUAAUUGUUUUCUUAUUCAAACGAUUAAUGUGGAAAAUAAGCUAUUGUAAUCAAUUUAAAUUAAAUAGUCUGGUUGCUUUGCCUUUUAUUUUGAAGAAGGUUCGUUUCCAGGAAAAAGUGCUUUUUGAUCAGAGAUUUCUCUUUAGGCUUUCUAAUAGUGUAGAGCUAAGUUCAAAUUUGGGUGUGGGUGUAGAUAAAGAGAAGACCCUACCCACACCAACACCCUUCAAAAAAAUUUCUUCAAAAGAAAAUUUUUAUCAAGAUUAAAUAACAGGAAAAUUAGAAGCUGUUGGAGAUACAGUAGAACCAUUUCAUUUUAUUUUACAUUCAAAAGAUGAACAAAAUUUAACUCGUGAAGAUCAAGAUAAAGGAAAAGAAUUAUAUUCACUUUUAGUUCAACAUGAAAUUAUUCAAAGAGAUACAAUAAGAAAAAUAUUUCGAAAUAAUUCACAAGAACGAGAUAAAAUAGAAAAGAUAAUUCGAAAUGAUCUUGAUCCUUCGAUUACCGAUCCAUUAAUUGGUUUAUUAAAUAGUAAAUCUUCUUUUGAAAAAAAAGAUUUCGACGAUAUUGUUUGUUAUAGUGAAGAAUUAUGGCAAAUUUUAAAUAUAAAUAGAAUAGAAAAAGAAUUACCACGGAUAUAUGAAAAUGUUUGGAAAGAUUUAGAAGAUAAAAAAGAUCCACAACAAUCUGGUGGACUUGUUAAAUAUAAAUAUGGAGAUAUAAAAAGAAAUAUUGAAAGAAUUUUAAAUAAAAUUUUAAAAAAUAUUCAAUUUGAAAAUGAUAAAGAAUUAAUUUUGUCGAAAAUUUUGUCUUUACAAGGAGAUAUUCGUUCAUUUAAAACAGGUUUAAAAGCUAAUUUAAAAGAUUUUAUAGAUCUUCAAGAUCAAGAAAAUGUUCCAAGUGAAUUAAGAUUUUUUGAAGGUUUUAAUCUUAAUAAAUUUUUGAUUAUUGAAGAAGAUAAAUCUUGGUGGGAUUGGAAUGGUUUUGCCGUUGCAAUGAUAGGACUUGUUCAAGUCAUUGCCGGAGCUGUUUUAGUAGUCUUUGGUUUGACUCAGAUAGGCAAUGCUUUAAUAUCAGGUAUUUUUAAUACGAAAGAAUGGGCAAUACAAAAAGCAAUUAGCUUCGGUCUCUCUAUGUUGACUGUUGGAAUUGGAAAGUUUUUGACGGAUAAAAUUAUGGAACAGAUUCAAGAAAAUGUUUAUACAAAAGAUUGUUAG